AUGCAGCGUUACCAGAAGCUGGAAAAGAUUGGGGAGGGCACGUACGGAGUAGUCUACAAGGCGAAGGAUCGCGUGACGAAUGAGAUAAUCGCCCUGAAGAAGAUACGGCUGGAGGCGGAGGACGAGGGCAUACCCUCGACCGCCAUCCGCGAGAUCUCCCUCCUCAAGCAGCUGCAGCACCCGAACAUCGUCCGGCUGCACCGCGACCUCAAGCCGCAGAACCUGCUCAUCAACCGGGAGGGGGAGCUGAAGCUGGCGGACUUUGGCCUCGCGAGAGCCUUCGGCAUCCCUGUACGAAGCUACACGCACGAGGUGGUGACGUUGUGGUACCGAGCACCGGACGUCCUCAUGGGCUCUCGCAAGUACUCCACCCCGGUUGACAUCUGGAGCAUCGGGUGCAUCUUCGCUGAGAUGGCCACCGGACGCCCACUGCUCACGGGCACAAGCGAGAGCGACCAGCUGGCACGCAUCUUCCGCCAGAUGGGCACCCCGACGCCGAUCAUGUACCCGGGGUUGCAAGAGUUGCCAGAUUAUCGGGCCAACCCGGGGAUGAACAUGGUGGUGGUGGAGGGAGGUCCGAAGGCCGUGCGAGCCUACACCAAGCUCAUGACACGCCGCAUACGCUGGGGGGAAGAGGAGUUCGGGGAAGGGGACUCGGAUUCUAACAGCGACGAGGAGGUAUCGAAGCCGGCCCUGUCAGGGUGCAUGUGCGAGGUGGUAUGGCAAGGCACUGUGCAGACGAGAUCUUUCCCUGCGUUCCGAUUCCAGGAGUGCAAGUCACCCGAAACGGCCCGAAAAGUCAUGGACGAGAAGGGAGUGGCGCACCUGUGGGACAUGGUGGUGGCCAGCGCGAAGGCCGCUAGAGCAUCCGCGGCUAACGCUGGCGCGAUUGGCGCGGGCUUAGGAUACUGA